GGGUCCUUCACUGAUGACGUCGGUGGUGAUUUGGAAGAUGUUGUAGCCGAAACUUGAUAAAACAUUACGUUGUUUUUAAGUCAGUGUUUACUUAUGUUUACAAAUGCGUAGCACGUACUACAAACCACAAAAUGACACAAACUACGCAUAUAGCAAACUAAAAGCUUCAGGUCACGCUAAAGCAGCCAUGCCUCAGAAACCUCAGAAGAACGCCCAGACGGCACACUACAUCGAGCUGGGAGGUUAUCAGUACUGGCCUGUGCUGGUGCCCAGAGGGAUCAGACUGUACACCUACGAACAGAUCCCAGUGUUUCUGAGGGAGAACCCCUACAUCACAGAUGGAUACAGAGCCUACCUGCCCUCCAGACUGUGCAUCAAAAGCCUCUUCAUUCUGUCCAAUGAGACGGUGAAUAUCUGGAGCCAUCUGUUGGGCUUCCUGCUCUUCUUCUGUCUCGGGGUGUACAACAUGGCCUCUGUGCUGCCGGCCUUCGGUGCCUCCAGAGAGGAUUACGUCAUCUACUCCAUUGGGCUUUUCUGCUUCCAGCUGUGUAUGCUGUGUUCGGUGGGUUACCACCUGUUCUGCUGCCACCGCUCGGAGAAGACCGGCCGCCGCUGGAUGGCGCUGGAUUAUGCCGGUAUCUCCAUCGGCAUCCUGGGAUGUUAUGUCCCCGGAGUCUUCUACACAUUCUACUGCAAUAAUUACUGGCGGCAGGUGUACCUGGUGACGGUCCUGGCCAUGAUCCUGGCCGUCUUCUUCGCUCAGAUCCACCCUCAUUACCUCAGCAAGCAGUGGAAGCAGCUGCGCUCGCUCAUCUUCUGCUCGGUGGCCGGGUACGGCCUCAUCCCCACCGUCCACUGGAUCUGCAUCACGGGGGGCUUCUCCUCCGAGCUCGUCCAGGCUUUUGUUCCUCGUGUCCUGGGCAUGUACUUCAUCGCAGCAUUAGCUCUCAUUUUCUACGUUUCCAAAGUUCCUGAACGCUACUUCCCAGGUCAGCUGAACUACCUGGGCUCCAGUCACCAGGUGUGGCACUUGCUUCUAGUGCUGAUGUUUUACUGGUGGCACCAGACAUCAGGCUUCAUCAUGGCGUACAGACACAGCCAGCCCUGCCCCGACGCCCCCCAACACGCCUAGGACACUGCUGAGCACUCUGGGAGUCCUGCCGCUUUGAGACGGUUGGUGAACAGCUGCAGCGAAUCCCAGCAUGCAUUGGACAGAAGGCAGGGGCACACCAGGCUCUCAGUCCAUCGCAGUGUUACCACUUACCUGUGAGUCUCCGUGACGACAGAGGAAACCAACAGAGGGCCAGCGAGCCUCCAGGAUGUGGAGUGUAUGUAUAUCUUUAAGAUAAAACGGGACCUCUGAGUGGUGGAAGGUGAACAGUCACUAUUGUUUUUUUUUUUACCAGCUUGUCAGUUUUGUUUGAGGCCAUUGCACUGCAUUCAAAUUUACAGAAGUUUGAAAUAACUGUCUGUUCCUCUGUAUAAAUCACAGACAAAAAGCAGGUUCAGUCCAGUAGCAUUUCUUUUUUUUCUUUUCUUUUUUUUAGAAGAGAUCCUGCAAAUUUUUGUAAGUGCCUGUAAAUAAAACAUCAUGUAGCUCUUGGAAAAUUAAAUUAACUCGACUUAUAUGAAGUUUUGCUCUUAAAAUUCCCAAUUUUCAAUUGUAACACUUUAUUUUUAAAGUUGUUCUCAACCUGAGGCGUUUGAUACUUUGAAAACAAACCACAACCUUUAAGCUUCUUUCAGUAAUUAAUCACAAUAAAUGUCCUUUAAAGGGAAAAUGAAAUGUUUCAGUUGUUAAAUGUCACCAGUGGGUGUUAGAAAACAAUCAGUUUUUAGGGUGUUGUAAGCUUAAAUGGUUGAGAUGUGUAGAGUUAAACUCAAACCAAAUUAUUUCUAAUGGAUUCUCUCUUCUUCCCAAAAUGUCAAAAUCAUUUUGUAGCAAAAACAAGCAAAAACUGAGCAGUAUCUUUCUCUUUCAUGUUAAUGUAGAUAGAAAAACCAAAGACUCGGAGACACUCAACAUUUUCUCACGUUUUAGGUUUUUGUCCUUCAUUGGGAACAGUGUCGGUGUUUGUGUUUUCUUACCGCUGAGCGAGACGAACAACAGGUUGUUUUGGUCACAGGAUGGUGAAAUGUUGUACUUCAGACAUGUGAGUACCUGGUGCUCCAGAAUUGAAUGUUUUUUGUUUUAUGUUCUUUUGUGUCGGGGCUGCGUUGCCUCCGUUCACACUGACAUGUACGUCAAGAGCUGCACAGGAUGUUUGAGAGGAGAAGCCUCAGUGUUCACUACUGCAGUGUUUUCUAUUUAUUGAAACUGCGGCUCGUUAAAGAAAAGCUGUCGGCUCACAGGUAAAACUAUAGUUUAAUUGAAAAAUUCUUGCCGUCGCCUCCGUAAACAAACCCAGUGACAGUUGAGUUGUGUGGAGGGCGAGUGGUCAGGGUGUGAGGGAGCAGCUCAGCCUGUAGGGGCUGCUAGUGAGACUUUUAAACUGUGUCCCAGUUCUAAACUCUAAAUACUGAUGUCUGCACUAUAUAUAUAUAUAUAUAUAUGUAUAGUUAUAUAAGUUAACUUCUUGUACAGUAAACGAUACAAAUAUGCAACUGAAAAGUAGAGAAAAUAUUUGGUACAGACUUUUCAGUUGCUUAUGUGUAUUUCUUUAAAGCUUCAGCACCAGUUCGUUACUCUGGAAGAAAAGGCCCUCAUCUGUCUGCGUUCAUCAUCAUUGUAGAGAAUGAUGCAACGUGUGCGCUGAUGGACAACAAACAAACUUAGGAAAGCUUCUGCCGGUCUUAAAUUUCAUGAUUUGUUUGUUUUUUUAGCAUUUAUUAUAGUUCGUUUCAAGGCUUAACUACAUCCUGUUGUGCAGCCGUCACUUGAUUGACUCUGCACAUCGUCACUUUUAAGUGUACGUCACUGUAAUUACUGUCGAGUUACAAUUCAUUUGAAAUCGGGACACUUUUGUUUUUAAAGAUUCCAGCACUGAUUUAACUUUUUAGAAACGUGUAAUCCACACGUCAUUGCACUUCAUAAUACAACUGCAGUUUUCCUCUGUACUGUGCAGCUCUGUUAUCUACUGUAGAUUCAGACUUUACUACUUUGCUUCUUCUCAUUGUUAGAAAAUAGUAACUGCUUUUUCUGCCUGAACCGAUGAGAGACUCUCCCACUGUGGGUAAACUCAGUGUUUUCAGACGUGUAAACGUUCUCCAGCUCAUUUAGGGUGAUGUGCAAUGUUAAAAGUCGAUUUUUAAAUUUUUUUUUUCCUUCAUUCCAAAAUGCAACACAUCCAUGCUGGGAAGAUGAAUCACUCAAAAUGUAAAAAUACUAGUCUUAAUGCUUCAAACAUGAAUGCAUGUCCCCUUAGUCAUCAUUCAAUCACAGUAGGUGUCCAGUUGAAUGGUAGCUGUCUCAUUUUGGAAUGAAAGUCAUUUGUUUUCUGUGUGAUACGUAAUGUUUUUAAGAUUUAGACGGAGAUGAACGUUCUCUGGUGUUACGGUUUCAGAUUCUUUUUGUGGUUCUGUGUUAAGUUAUUCAUUAUAAACCUGCUCUGUGAAGAUUUCUCUGAAAACAUGUCGUCUUUGAUAAGCUCUUGUGUGUCUGAGACUUGUUUUGUAGCAGCUGAAGUUUUGUAUCUUGGACUUUUUUCAUACGCGAGCAAUCAAACUGCUGAACUCGACUCUAAAUAAAAUUAACUGUGUACUGUUUAAA